AUAUAGCUAGACAAAAUAGCAAUAAUUUAAAGUUUUCAGUAAUAAAAUGUGCUAUUACGUCGGGGCUAACGUUUUCUCCGCUUAACGUAAUGAGACUCCCUGCUUUAACUCUCUCUCUCUCCGAUUCUCUUUCUCCGGGUGUGGAUUGCGUUUUUGCCGGCGACGUCGCUACUCCAAAAAAGACACGGCACAACCAACACACACACUCAUUUUGCGUUUAUGUUGUGGCCCAAGAAGUUCGUCGCCAGUCCGCAAAAAUGUGAAAAGGAAAAACUGAGGAGGAAAAACAAGACCGAAAAGACUGCUAAUGCAAAAAACUCCAAAACCGCUGGGAAGCAUCAGAAAAUCCGAUAAAAAGUGCGCGCGUGCAACAAUAAUGUGAUAUCUACAUCAAAUGUUCGAACUGCUGACGUCACGCACAGAAUCGUAUAAUAUAUAGAAAAUAAUAUAGAGGAGAAACGUCGCGUAGUGAAGUAAAACGUUCCCACACACUAACAGACUGAGUCAAAAGAGGAAGAAGCAGCAGUAUAUAAUACGUGGAAUACAAAAGGUAGCCGAAAAAAGUGUAAAACACCCACAAAAAAGUAAUACAAAUUUGCAAAUAUGAAACGUGUGUGAUAUUCAAAGAGAAAGAAGUAGGCGACGGUGAAGAAAAAGAAGCAGAGCCAUUUGUUGUUGCGUGUGAUACAUAUAAAAGCAUAUAAAAAAAGGAGACAUGAAUUCCAAUUUUUAGAUGUGAAGAAUCCUUAGGUGCUAAUUUAGUUGAUAAGAAAAAAAAAACAACAGAAGUAACGAUAAACAGGCAGUACAAUAAGUCAACCGAUCAAGAGCUGGGAAUUCCGACUGGGUGGCAACUCUUCGAAGACAGUACUUAAAAGUAUGCUACAAAAUAAUGCCAGCGAUUGCCGACUGAGGCGAAAUUAACAGAAUCAACCGCAUAUGUAUAUAUAUGUAUAUAUAUACAAUAUACAUAUAUAUAUUUAUAUAGACAGACAUAGAGGAAAAGAGAGAGAGUGCGGCGCAGAGUCGCAUAAGAAUCAGGGGAGGAAUCGGCAGCGAAAUGUCGAAGUUCUUUGUGAAUGUUGCCCCCAUCAACAACAGCAACAGCAGCAACAACACCGCUAGCAACACCCAGCGACACCAGCAACACUAUGGCGCGGGCGGGGCAACUGGCCACACAAUGGUCGCCCGCAGACUUAACUACGACCUGCUCGGCGGCACUACCAACAUCAACAACAAUAUUGUGAUUAAGAACGAAGCCAUCGAUUUAGAAUAUGAUCACGGUUUGAGCAGCAGCGACAGUAACAGCAAUAGCAACAGCAACAGCAACAGCGGCGUGGCAGCACAUCUGCGGGAUCAUGUCUACAUCAGUCUGGAUAAGAAGCACGACACGGCGGGAGUGGCGACAGCAGCGACGGCAACGGCGGGCCAUGCUCAGCAGCAAUUGCAGCAGCAUCACCAAAAUCAUCAGCUGCGCAAGGCGACCGGCAAGUCCAACGAUAUCACAAACUAUUACAAGGUUAAACGCCGGCCUCACGCCGUUAAUGACGAGAUUCACCCGAAGAAACAGGCUAAGCAGAGCGCGCACCACCAUACGGUAAUCUACCAAAAGCAUGUGGCCAGCAGCACGCCCCAGCAGCUGCGACACAGCCAACACCAGGUGCACCACGAAGUGGGGACUGACCUGGACGAGGAUGUUGUGGAGCGGGUGUCCAAGCCGGCAUCGCAUCAUUCCUUUGUCCUGUCGACGCCGCUUGCCGCUUCAAUGGCUAGUUCCUCGAGCGGCGACCGCAAUCGGGCUGAUACCUCGCUGGGGAUACUGACGAAAAAGUUUGUGGACAUGCUGCAAGAGUCACCAGAUGGCGUGGUGGACCUGAACGAGGCCUCCAAUCGGUUGCACGUUCAAAAGCGACGCAUCUAUGACAUCACCAAUGUCCUUGAAGGCAUAAACAUUCUGGAAAAGAAGUCGAAGAACAACAUUCAGUGGCGUUGCGGACAGUCGAUGGUCAGCCAGGAGCGAUCGCAACGUAUCGAGGCGGAAUCGGAAAGGCUGGAGCAACUGGAGAACGAACUCAACAUGGCUAUCGACCAGAUGCGCGGAAACCUUACCGAGAUCUCGAAUGAGGUGGAAAAUGCCGGUGGCAUGGCCUACGUCACACAAAACGACCUGCUUAACGUGGAUCUCUUUAAAGAUCAGAUCGUUAUUGUGAUUAAGGCGCCGCCCGAGGCCAAGCUGGUGCUGCCCAACACAAAACUGCCGCGCGAAAUUUACGUGAAGGCGGAGAACAGCGGAGAGAUCAACGUCUUUCUCUGCCAUGACACCUCGCCGGAGAAUUCGCCAAUUGCGGCUGGCGCGGGCUACAUGGGAGCUCCCGGAGCAGGAUGCGUUCGAACGGCCACCUCUACUCGACUGCAUCCACUGACCAACCAGCGUCUGAACGAUCCGCUCUUCAACAAUAUCGAUGCCCUGAGCACCAAAGUUCCGAUGUCCUACCGCUCGGCCCGUAACCUCAGCAAAUCGAUCGAGGAAGCCGCCAAGCAGUCCCAUCCUGAAUAUAAUAACAUUUGUGAUAUUGCGAUGGCCCAGCCUCAUCAUCUGAACCAGCAGCAGCAGCAACAAAUGCUGCAGCAGCCGGAGGAGGACGAUGUGGACACGGAGCUGAGUCAGCUGGUGCCGACACUGACGAAUCCGGUGGUCCGUAGCCAUCAGUUCCAGCAGCAGCACCAUCAGACUUCCAUCCAGGAGCUGUUCAGCAGCUUAACAGAAUCCUCGCCUCCCACGCCCACAAAGCGACGUCGGGCGGCAGCAGCCGCAGCAAUUGCCGCAGGCAGCGGAACAGCAACAGCAGCAACCACUACGCUUAAUAGUCAUAACAACAGUAACAGCAACCACAGCAAUCAUAGCAGCCACAACAGCAGCAACUCCCAACCACCCACAUUAGGCUACAGCAGUACACAGCGACGCAGCGAUGUGCCCAUGUAUAAUUGUGCAAUGGAAGAAGCAACCACAACAUCUGUAGCAGCAGCUGCAACAUCGCGAGCGGCAACAGUAACGCAAUCAUCGGCGAUAAGCUCGCUGCAGAUGCAAUUCGCUGCCGUGCCGGAUAGCAACAACAGCAUCAGCAGCGGGGACGGCGGCUAUGGCAGCAUCGCUGGCGCUGGCGCCAAUGCAGAUCCCCUUCAACCAUUCAGCCAUAGUCGCCACAGCCUGCCGCCCAGCGGUGAUGACUGCGAUGGUGGCCUCGAUGCUCUCUUCAGCGACAUUGGCGCGGACGCGGACUACUUCAGUAACGAUAUUGCUUUUGUGUCUAUCAAUCCGCCGGACGACAUUGACUAUCCUUAUGCGCUGAACGCCAACGAGGGCAUCGAUCGCUUGUUCGGCUUUAGUUCGGAUGGCUAUGGACCCUAAGAAGAGACGUCCAUCAAACACACUCACACACGCAUAUAUCUACAACAAUUGGGAUUCGGGGGGUGUUUAUAAUUUUAAAUUAUAUACAAAUGGCAAAAACAAAAAAAAUCAAACAAAAAAAGCAAAUUAAAAAUAUUUAAUUUAUUUGUAUGCAAAACCCACAAAAGAAAAAUCCAAAAGUAAAACACAAAAAGCGAAUCAGCAAACUUAAUGAAACUAAGUUGUGUGUAAAGUUUUAAGCUUAAAAUUAUAUACAUUUAAAAUUUAUAACCCAAUCUAAUUUAAGAGAAACAAAACAAAAACCCAAAAUCUAAUUUACGAAAACUCACCCUCUCGAGAGACAAAGAGAGUUUUGCAAAAAAAGGCACAUUUUUUUAAAAAUUUCAAUUUUAGCCUUAUAAUAAAACAAAAGAGAAGCAAAAGCAGAAUCAGGAAUAUGAUGGUUAAAACACACAAAAAGCGAAUUCUUCCUUCCUAUCAAACAACUUAUUUUGGCUUCAACUGUCUGUAAAUUAGUAAUUAAAGUACCAACACACACAAAUAAAUUUUAAUUAGAAAAACAUAAAAUUAAACCAAUAAAAAAAAAAUCAAUUUCAAAUUGUAAAAAAAAAGAUUGAAGACGUUUUAAAUUUAAACGGAGCAGCAGAAGAAGAGAAGAAAGCACAAGAACUGGGCCCCCGACCUUAAUCCUCAAAUUUUUCCCUCAUAUCCAUUUUCUUCCUGUUUUAGUUACGCAUGCAACCAAAACUUCUUCUGCCAUUCUGUGAAUUUGCUUGAAUUAAUUGAUUGAUUUUUAAUUACUAUUAUUAAAGCUAUAACUAUGUAUAAUAAUUUGUUAUUGUUAUAAAAUUUAAACUAUAAACACACACACAUGGGCCCAAUAGCAGUUUAUUCUAGAAGCCAAAUCAUCCCACAAAACAAACAACCAACAACUUAACAGAGUCAACUACAAGUACAUACAUAAUUAUUUAAACUUUCGCCUAGAAGUUAAAUAUUUAGCUAAACAAUAAAUGCAGCAAACAAAAGCAAAUCAUUAACUUGUAUAAAAUCAACAAAUAAAAGAAGGAGAACCGCAAACUUCUGAAACCUUUCAAUAAUUGUACGUUUAAUUUUUGUAAGAGAAAACACAUUUUGUUAGAUACUUUUCGUUCUUUUAACAACAAACACAUGAAAAAAAUAAAUAUUAGAAAAACAAAGACAAAUUUAAAGAAACAAAAAAGUUUUGAAACUAAA